AUGAAUGCUAGAAGCUGCCACCUCGUGUUGUUAUUCUCCUUAUGUCUUUUCUUUGGUUCAGGUCUAGGAACAACCAAAAUAUUAACAAAUGACAAAAAACAGGAAAUCUUCUCAUCAUCGGAAUUGGGUACUCAAUUAGAUGAUGUCCCUAUCGUGGGAAACCCUAACACUCCUCCUCAAACACCUGACACAUCAGGGCAAAACCCCACGGCCCCAAACACAAAUCCAACAACCCCAACCACAACACCAACAUCAUCAGGUGGUCAAUGGUGUGUUGCUAAACAGGGAGCUUCGGACGCUGAUCUACAGGUUGCUCUUGACUAUGCUUGUGGGAUUGGACGUGCAGACUGCUCAGCAAUACAACCAGGAGCAAGCUGCUAUAAUCCGAACACUGUCCGUGAUCAUGCUUCCUAUGCAUUCAAUAACUACUACCAGAAGAAUCCAAUACCUAACAGCUGUGUAUUUGGAGGAACAGCAUCCCUUACAAGCAAUGAUCCAAGUUACAAGGAUUGCAAAUACGCAUCACCCAAGUCAACAAGCACAAAUCAACCACCACAAGCACCAACAGUUAUCAGCCCACCAAGUGCACCAACAGUUGUCAGCCCACCGAGUCCGCCAUUAUUUGUCAGUCCACCAACUCCACCAGGCACGCUAAAUCCCGGUGGCGGAUCAAAUGUCUUUGGUUCAGAACCAAAAGGAAACCCCAACACAGCCACAUCUGCAUUUUAUUCCCUGCUACUGUUGUUCACAUGUGGCCUGUUGGCUUCCCUUCAACUAGCAAAUUACAUCUAA